UGGAGAAAUCGUGGAAAAAAUAAUUUGUGCCAAUAAUAAUAAUAGUGAUUUUCGGUUAUUUUUGAGAAAACCGUGCGCAAAAAUCAACGAAUCGCUGGUUCAGAAGACCGCAAAAUGGCGUAAAACUAUCGUUGAAAAUAUAUAACUUUUUCAAAUCGUACAAAUUUCUCGAUUCGAAUGUGAACGAAUAAUGUGAAAAAUUAAAAUUUCGUGAUGAGCUGAAAUGGAAUUUAUGCAACGAACAGUAUAUUAGCAAAUAAUGCAAAUUAUUUUAUUGAUUGAAUUGAAUUUACAAAUAGUGGUUUUCAGUAAUAGCCAGAUGAGUGCAAGUUGUAGAAUAUGAAAUUGCGAAUAUUUAUUAAGGAAGAUAUGUGCAAUUAUGAACUAACGCGGUUUGAUCGGUGAAAAGGGACCAGAAGUGUAUAUUCUUUUAAUGUAACAAUAAUUUGAUAUAAAAAGCAAAUCCAUCAUCUUAAAACUGUAAACAGUGAUUUUUAUUUUAUUUUGUGACUCGAGUGACUUCUUUGAAAAAAGAAAAGAAACCAAAAAAAAACCAUCGAAGUGUUGGUUCAAGCGUCGAGAUCUCGAGUCUUUAGUGAAAUUCUGUAUAAAAAAGUAAGUACGGCCGACGGUCGUACUUGGCAGUAAGGCUUCAAGAUUGCUCGAAAAUCGUCGAGAGAGGUGCGCAGGGCAGGAAGAGCGAUGGAAAUCGGGGGUGCAGCGAUGCAAAGAAUGGCCGCUACCGGAGGACCCGGGCCUCUCAGCCUUCAGGGUCCUCCAAGGUCAGUGAAAAUCUCACCCGUUAAUAUACAAGACGAACCCGGUGAUCUUACUUCUCAAAAAAGCACAAGUUCGCAUUGCGUAGGAUGUGGUGGUCGAAUUCAUGAUCAAUGGAUUUUGCGAGUGGCACCGAAUCUGGAAUGGCACGCUGCUUGUUUGAAAUGUGCGGAAUGUCAGCAAUUUUUGGACGAGCACUGCACCUGCUUCGUACGAGAUGGAAAAACUUAUUGCAAGCGAGAUUAUGUCAGAUUGUUCGGGACAAAAUGCGACAAGUGCAGUGAGUGCUUUAGCAAGGAUGACUACGUAAUGAGGGCAAGGAGUAAGAUUUAUCACAUAAAGUGCUUCCGAUGUUCAGCCUGCAUGAGACAGUUAGUGCCUGGCGAUGAAUUUGCCUUGAGACAGGAUGGCCUGUUCUGCAGACAUGACCACGAUGUUCUCGAAGGCGGAAAGCUCUGCUCUGGACCUGGAGGUGUUCCUGGAAGUGAAAACAACAAUAAUGCAUCCCUUAUGAAUAAUAAUCAUCAUCUGCAUCCCAACGAUGGUUCAAUAUCAGACUCCGGAUCUGAGAGUGGAUCUCACAAAGCUGGUAUGGGUGGUACUCGAGGAUCGGGCAGCCAUAAAAGCGGCGGCGGUUCUGACGGAAAACCAACCAGAGUUCGCACCGUUUUAAAUGAGAAACAACUUCAUACUUUGAGGACUUGCUAUGCCGCGAAUCCGCGACCGGAUGCGUUAAUGAAAGAACAAUUAGUCGAGAUGACAGGUUUAAGUCCACGAGUAAUCAGGGUAUGGUUCCAGAACAAACGGUGCAAAGAUAAAAAGAAAACGAUCGCCAUGAAACAACAAAUGCAAGAAAAGGAUGGCCGUAAAUUAGGCUUUGGUGGAAUGCAUGGCAUUCCUAUGGUGGCCAGUAGUCCUGUAAGACACGAGAGUUCUAUAGGAAUGACACCAUUGGAAGUGCAAGCUUAUCAACCACCAUGGAAAGCUCUUUCAGAUUUCGCUCUGCAUACUGAUUUAGACAGGCUAGAUCCUAACACUCCUUCUUUCCAUCAUUUGGUAUCGCAGAUGCACGGUUAUGAUCUUCAUAGCGGACCACCACAAUUACCUCCACCGGGAAUACUCGGUGGACCAAUGAAUGAUGGUGGAGGUGGUGGAGGUGGAUCUCUACCACCCCCUGGUCCACAUCAUCCCAGUGGUGGUGGUCCAGACAUGGGUCAACACCCCGAUAGCACAGAUAGCUAUGUAACUUACCUCGAAAGUGAUAGUGACUCUCUUCAUCAUGAUACAGGAAGUCCAUAGUGUUGUGCAGUGUGGCCAGAACGAAAGUGUCCGCUUUCUUCGUGGUCUAUUUUCAAUAAGUGCUUAAAGAGAAUUGUAGUCUGUGAGAACAAAUAGAGUGAAUGUAUUGUAAAUGGCUGGAAACGAAACAUAAAAUUUGGUUGAAAAAUUAUUUCUAAAAGAAAUCUUAACCCUUCGCGCUUAAUUUAGUCAUACAAAUGAAA